UUUUUUAUGACUUUGAGUAUACGGAUCCUGAAUUUUCUGAUUGCUGAAACCAAGGCAGCCCCUAAAGUUUCUAACAGACUGUGCUCCGUUUUUCCUUAUCACAGGCUUCCCACCCAGAGGAGGAUGGCUGCAGAAAAUCACUCUACAGUGACAGAGUUCAUUCUCAGGGGGUUAACAAAGAGACAAGACCUCCAGCUCCCCCUGUUUCUCCUCUUCCUCGGGAUCUACUUGGUCACCAUGGUGGGGAACCUGGGCAUGAUCACUCUGAUUUGGCUGAACUCUCAGCUUCACACCCCCAUGUACUACUUUCUCAGCAAUCUGUCACUUGUGGAUCUCUGCUACUCCUCCGUCAUUACCCCUAAAAUGCUGGUGAACUUUGUGUCAGAAAAGAACAUCAUCUCCUACGCAGGGUGCAUGUCACAGCUCUACUUCUUCCUUGUUUUUGUCAUUGCCGAGUGUUACAUGCUGACAGUGAUGGCCUACGACCGCUAUGUUGCCAUCUGCCACCCUUUGUUUUACAACAUCAUUAUGUCUCCUCUCACCUGCUCCCUGCUGGUGGCUGUGGUCUACACCAUAGGACUCAUUGGCUCUACAAUAGAAACUGGUCUCAUGUUAAAACUGCCCUAUUGUAAGCUCCUCAUCAGUCACUACUUCUGUGACAUCCUCCCUCUCAUGAAACUGUCCUGCUCUAGCACCUAUGAUAUUGAAAUGACAGUCUUCUUUUUGGCUGGAUUCAACAUCAUAGUCACAAGCUUAACAGUUCUUGUUUCUUACAUCUUCAUUCUCUCCAGCAUCCUCUGCAUCAGCAACACAGAGGGUAGAUCCAAAGCCUUCAGCACCUGCAGCUCCCACCUUGCAGCUGUGGGAAUGUUCUAUGGAUCAACUGCAUUCAUGUAUUUAAAACCCUCCACAAUCAGUUCCUUGGCCCAGGAGAAUGUCGCCUCUGUGUUCUACACCACAGUAAUCCCCAUGUUAAAUCCCCUAAUCUACAGCCUGAGGAACAAGGAAGUAAAGGCUGCCAUACAGAAAACACUGAGGCGUAAACUGUUUUGAUGCAAAUGUUAUUGUUCCUUUUCAAUUUAGUAGUAAUUGUUAUAAAUACCAGAGUGACAGCUUCUGAAUGCUAACCAGCUGUGGAUGGAAAAUAAUCACUUCUCCACAUGGCUGGGUGAAUGCCCUUUUACCUUCUUUCCUCUUCCUUCCCUCCCUCUCUUGUCCCUUCUGUUUGAAAACAGCCAACUUUAAGAUCAGGUUUUCUUUCACUUGGGAUCCAUCCCUCUAUCCCAAGCCCUUUAAUAAAUGUUUCCUACCUUAAUUG